CGCUCUUAUCGCCUUCACUCCGUUCUGCACAAACAGUCUGUUCUGUCAUGCCGCUGCAGAACUGACUAUGAGGCAGCUACUAUUAUUGUCUCUAUCCGUUUUUAUGAGUGAUGCUGGUAAAGUACUGAUGUACAGCCCAGGUAUCAGUUAUAGUCAUUUGAUUGCUAAUGGAAGAAUUGCUGAUGCACUUGUGAAAGCCGGACAUGACGUGGUCAUGUUCAUUCCGGAGUAUGCCGCAUUGGGUAACUUUACUGGAACAAAGCUUGCAAGAGUUAUAAGGAUGGACAACAUUAGCUCGGAUGCGGAAGAACUGCUAACAGAGGAGGAGCAGAGGAAGUGGAUGGAGCGGCACCACACGCCACUCUCAGAGAGAUAUGACUAUGAGUCCGUGUAUGCCAAGAUGUGCGAAGCCUUAAUGGCGAGGAGAAGUGAAAUAGAAGUGUUGAAAAACUAUGGGUUUGAUGUUGCAUUCACUGAGCAAUUGGAUUUUUGUGGUGUAGGAGUGGUCAGGUACCUGGGUAUUCACAAUCUCUUAUGGCUUUCGUCAACAACCAUCAUGGACGCGGUUAGCUAUGACUUAGGGAUACCUUCACCCACCUCCUACGUACCAUCGAUCGAAGAAAACGACAUGGGCGAUACGUUGUCAUUUUGGGAAAGAGCUCAUAACAUUUUCUUAUAUCUCGCAUCACUUGUUAUUCAUCGACAUGGCACUGAUUUGAUCACAGAGGUUUUUCGAAAAUUUGAUAAGGACUUCCCAAAUGUUCGGGACAUCGCCGCUAAUUCUAGUCUCUGCUUCGUGAAUACUGAUGAGAUGUUUGAUCUGCCUAGACCCAUAAUUCACAAAACCAUCUACAUUGGAGGGCUGGGUAUGAGGGAACCUCAGCCUCUAAACAAGAAAUUUUCUUCUCUUAUGAGCAAGGGAAACAAUGGCGUGAUAAUCUUUUCAAUGGGUAGUGUUGCUGCCUUUCAUGCUUUUCCGGACAGGGUCAAGACCGCGUUUGCAAAAGUCAUUCAGUCUUUUCCAGACUAUCAUUUCAUUGUCAAAAUUGCUCAAGGUGAUAUCACUACUCACUCGUUAUUUGAGGAAGUCUCUAACUGUGAUCUUGUAGAGUGGUUGCCACAAGCUGAUUUGCUCGCCCAUCCACGCGUAAAACUGUUCAUCAUGCACGGAGGAGUGAAUGGAAUACUCGAGGCGUUAACUCGCGCCGUUCCUGUCAUAGUAAUACCAGUAUAUGGUGAUCAGUACCAUAACGGUAGAGCUGCGGAAAAACGGGGUGUUGGAAAGGUGUUGUUGAGACAAGAUCUGAACGAGAACUCAAUCAGAAUGAAUAUCAAAGAGAUGUUAGAAGAUGAAAGGUACAAGAAAAAUGCGAUUCGCCUUUCGAAACUCAUGAGAGAAAAACCAUUUUCCGCCGAGGAACGACUAAUACAAUGGACCAACUUUGCUAUCUCAAACGGCGUUUUGAAGGAACUUCAUUUAGAAGGCUCUCGAUUAAAUUUUAUCGUAUACUUUAAUCUGGAUGUGGUGGCUGCUGUUAUUGCCGCGGUGCUUGUAUUUGCUGGCAUUGUUUUCAUGUUGGGUUAUGUUCUCGUCAGAAGCAUUUCGCCUAUCAAACGAAAACAAGAAUAAUUAUCUGUAAAACAAACAGAGAACUGGUGGUUGGUCCCUUUCCUCUUUGUGGAAUAGCACGACCGUGGAAU